AUGGGUCAAGAGAUAUCUAGUGUCAACAACACAAAAAAUGAACAGCAGAAAUCGAAUAAAAAAAGUGUGAAAGGAGGGAAUGAUAAAAAUGAAAUGAAAGAAAGUAAUGUAGGUAUAUCAAAGAAACUUGUAGAAAAUAGUUUUAAUAAUAGUAAAUUAAGACCUGGUAUGUUCAUACAAAAUAGUAAUGUUGUAUUUAAUGAGCAAUAUAAAGGAAUAAAAAUUCUUGGAAAAGGUUCAUUUGGAGAGGUCAUACUAAGUAGAGAUAAACAUACUGGUCAUGAAUAUGCAAUAAAAGUUAUAAGUAAAAAACAUGUUAAAAGAAAAACAGAUAAAGAAAGUUUAUUAAGAGAAGUUGAAUUAUUAAAAAUGUUAGAUCAUAUUAAUAUAAUGAAAUUAUAUGAAUUUUUUGAAGAUAAUAAUUAUUAUUAUUUAGUAUCUGAUGUAUAUACUGGAGGAGAAUUAUUUGAUGAAAUUAUUAGUAGGAAACGAUUUUAUGAAAUUGAUGCAGCCAGAAUUAUUAAACAAGUUCUAAGUGGAAUCACAUAUAUGCAUAAAAAUAAUGUUGUACAUAGAGAUUUAAAACCAGAAAAUAUCUUAUUAGAAACUAAAAAUAAAGAAGAUAUUAUUAUUAAAAUUAUCGACUUUGGAUUAUCUACACAUUUUGAAUAUAGUAAAAAAAUGAAAGACAAAAUAGGAACUGCUUAUUAUAUUGCUCCUGAUGUAUUACAUGGAACAUAUGAUGAAAAAUGUGACAUCUGGUCAUGUGGAGUAAUCCUAUACAUACUUCUCUCAGGGUGCCCCCCUUUCAACGGGUCCAAUGAAUACGAUAUUUUAAAAAAAGUCGAAGCGGGCAAAUAUACAUUCGAUUUACCACAGUUCAAAAAAAUUAGCGAUAAGGCAAAAGAUUUAAUAAAAAAAAUGCUCAUGUAUACUAGUGCAGUUCGCAUAUCAGCAAGAGACGCUUUAGAACAUGAGUGGAUUAAAAUGAUGACAAGCAAAGAUAAUUUAAAUAUAGAUAUCCCUUCCUUAGAAUUGAGUGUAACAAAUAUAAGACAAUUUCAAAGUACACAAAAAUUAGCUCAAGCAGCUUUACUAUAUAUGGGUUCAAAAUUAACAACUAUUGAUGAAACAAAAGAAUUAACAAAAAUUUUUAAAAAAAUGGAUAAAAAUGGAGAUGGACAACUAGAUAGAAAUGAACUCAUAAUUGGAUACAAAGAAUUAUUGAAACUUAAAGGAGAAGAUACUAGUGAUUUAAAUAAUGCUGCUAUUGAAUAUGAAGUAGAUCAAAUUUUGAAUUCUAUCGAUUUAGAUCAAAAUGGAUAUAUAGAAUAUUCUGAAUUUUUAACAGUUGCUAUAGAUAGAAAACUCUUAUUAUCAACAGAAAGAUUAGAAAAAGCUUUCAAAUUAUUUGAUAAAGAUGCUUCAGGAAAAAUAUCUGCAAAUGAAUUAGCUCAAUUAUUUGGACUCAGUGAUGUCAGCUCAGAAUGUUGGAAAACCGUACUUAAAGAAGUAGACCAAAAUAAUGAUGGAGAAAUUGACUUUAAAGAAUUUAGAGAUAUGCUCAUAAAACUAUGUAAUUAUUAA